AUGGAGACAACCGGCAGCACCACCUUCAAUACUGCUUCCUACAUCAUCACGGCUGUAUUGACAGCAUGUAUGCUUUUCUAUACGUAUUGGCUCACGAAACACAACGAACUGUACGAUGGAAUACAAGUCGUCCGGCCUACGAAAGAUGGCCAUUCCCCCAGAGAAGCAAAGAAGGCGUAUGGGGGGUCUGCGCUUUCAAUCUUGGCAGAUGGUAAGAGGACGGCUCAGGGUGCCUUCCAGGUCUAUACCGAGGCUGGCGUCAUGAUUAUCUUGCCCUCAAAGUACUUUGCGGAAAUCAAAAGUGACGCUCGCUUUGGAACUGACGAGGCGAGCAAAAAGACAUUCAUGGCCGAGAUUCCUGGCUUUGAUGGUUUCCACGCGCUGCUCAAUCACAACAUGCUCCAGGAUAUGAUCCGCACGAAACUUACCCAAAGCCUCGGAACCAUGACAUCGGAGAUAGUUGAAGAGACUGCUCUCGCCGCCGAAUCAAUUCUAGGUUUCCCAUCUGAAUGGACAGAAGUCCGGCCCAUCGAACCCAUCUAUCGCCUUGUCGCGCGUGUCUCUUCCCGGGUUUUUGCUGGCACUCGGCUUUGCCGCGAUUCUGCAUGGCUUGAGAUUGCGGUCUCUUACACUGUACUGGCCUUCGACGCCGCCCGUGCGCUCCGCUUCUGGCCUGAGCGCAUCCGGCCCCUUGUUCACUGGUUCGUUCCCGAGUGCUGCCGGUUGCGCAAGGCAGUCCAAAACGCUAGGAGCGUGCUUGGGCCGGAGAUUGGCAACAUGAAGCAACAGUGGGAGCAGGCAAAGGAAAUCCAGAGCGGGAAGCGUACGAGCAAGAAUACCAUUUCGAUGAUGCUGGAUGUGGCAAAGGGGCGCCCUGUGGAUCUUAUCGAGGCACAGUUGGGUUUGACAGCAGCUGCAAUGCACACCACCACAGACAUGACAGUCGAGGUGCUGUACCAGCUCUGUACACACCCUGAAUUUUUUGAACCAAUGCGAGAAGAGAUCGAACGGGUUCUGCGGGAAAGUGGGGGCUCGUUGAUGAAGAAGACAGCGCUGUACGAACUCAAGUUCAUGGACAGCUUCUUGAAGGAGACGCAAAGGCUGAAGCCAACUUCCCUCACCAGCGCUCAGCGUGUUCCUUCCGAGGACGUCACUCUUUCUGAUGGCACCUUUCUACCCAAAGGAUGCCACGUCGCCAUCUUUAACGAUGGGUGCUGGGACCCUCAAUUCUUUGAGAAUCCGGAAAGAUUUGAUCCCUAUCGUUUUCUCAACAUGCGGAAGGUUCCAGGCAGGGAGAACUCCAGUCAGUUUGUUACCACGACGCCGGAGCACCUCGGUUUUGGCCAUGGAAUUCACGCAUGUCCUGGAAGAUUUUUCGCGUCGAACGAGAUCAAAAUUGUGCUCUCCCAUCUUCUUACUCAUUACGACUGGGAAUUGGCCCCCGGACAAGGGCCGCCAAAGCCUUUGGUGGUCGGUGCUGAAAUGAUGGCAAAUCCAGAAGCUAGACUCAUCUACAAAAAGAGACCAAUGUAA